AUGCGGGCGUACAUCGACUUCUACUUGACGGCGAGGGGACGGGACUGGCCGACCGUUAUUCGGCAACGGAGAAAAGAUGCCCGCCUGGACAGCAGCUGGUCUGGAGUGCCAGGGAAAAGAAGACCUUUUUCUGACGAUACCACGCCGACAGCCGGCUUAUCUGGAGAUUAUCAUAACUUGACUCGGUCAGAUUCUAUUGAGCGCAUCGGGACACACAUGCUGAACUUCCCAUUCUCCAAUUUAACUCGGCAAAGUCACCACACCAGACAUCGGUCUGCCCGGUUCAGAGGACAGGGAUUGGAACGGUAA